GCCGGCCCCGCUAAAAGGACGACCUAUAUACCGCGACUUGGAAAGCGACAGAUCAAUAACCAAAGAAUUGCACAAGUGGUGAACAAUAUCACAAAAAAACCUUCAGCUUUAGCGGAUUAAUCUAAUACGAUCCAUCGCUGCCAACAUGCCUAACGGAAACUGGAUCCUCGGCGACCUCUUCACCAAAGACUAUGGCCACAAUGGCAGCAUUGCCAAGUUGUGGGAAAACAGGUGGAAAAUGCCGUGCCAGCGGUCCGUGUAUCCUUUUCACGACGGCAGCUUCGCAGACUUCGAGCCCAUCUUCGCACACCUGAUCGCCGCCGACAUCAACGACCCGUACACAGACGCCUACACCAACGCCUUCCUCCCCACAGCGCGUGCACUAGUGCAGAAAGCACAAGAAUUGUCGCACCUAGGCGCAAGCUCGAAGAUCGAGCACAAGGAGGAGGCGAAGUUGCUGUUCUUCCGCGCCAACGCCCUUUUCAGACUUGCGCGGUUCCCGUACAUCGGUACCGAGCUGAAGUGCCGUGUCUUCGAGGAACAAAAGUCGGCGUACCUGCAGGGCGCCCAGCUGUGGGACGUGCCAAUCGAGGAAGUCAUCAUCCCACACGUUCACGCCGCGAACGGCGACGGCGAGCGUAUUCCACUGUACGUCCGGCACCCAAAGGGCGACGGGCCGUUCCCCACCGUCCUGCUGAUCACCGGGCUUGACGGGCAUCGCCCUGAUAACACGGAGCGUACCGAAGAGCAUCUACGCCGGGGCUGGGCCACUGUGAUCUGCGACAUCCCUGGCACCACCGUUGACUGCCCUGCAAACAAGCUUGAUCCGCUGUCCCCCGAUCGGCUCUUCACUUCGAUCCUGGAGUACAUUAAGCAGGCCCCACAGCUCGACGAGACGCAUGUCAUUGCAUGGGGCUUGAGUGCGGGCGGCUACUACGCCAUCCGACUCGCGCACACGCACAGAAGUAAGCUAAUAGGCAGUGUUGGCCACGGCGCAGGGACACAUCAUUACAUUGGCCGCGAGUGGCUGGGCCAGAUUGCGAAGCACGAGUACCCGUUCGGGUUGGAGCGCGCCUACUGCCAGAAGUACGGGUAUGACGACUUCGAGACCAUGAAAGAGCGGUGUCAAGACGAGUUCAGCCUUGUCAGUGGCAAGGGCGAGGGCGUUGCGGUGGUGGGUCAGGGGCUCCCAAGUUGCAGGCUAUUGCUGGUCAAUGGCACGCUUGAUGGGUGUAUGCCGGUCGAGGACAGCAUGUUGCUAGCGGAGUACGGGAGUCCGAAGGAGAUGCGGUUCAUAAAGGAUAGACUGCACAUGGGGUAUCCUGAGGCGAAUGCGACGGUAUUUCCAUGGCUGGAGGAGGUUAUGGCAACCACGGUUGGUUGAUGGACUCAGUACACGCGCGGAACGCA